AUGAUGCGACCAUCCCAAUUUCAAUCGCCUGCUUCUUCUAACUAUGAUCGGCUUACCUUGAACGCCAAUCCACGAAUGAUGGGCAACCACAAUUUCAGCGGAGAGCAAGAGCCGAACUAUCGCGAGGUGUUAGAAGACUCACCUCACAGCACCCCAACUAUCUUGCAAGGCCCAGGUGCACAAGCAGGCCGAAAUGAUAUGGACUUUGUCGAUGUAGACAGAGUGUCCGAGACGAUUUCCAGGAUCGGAGAAACUUUUGGUCUAAGUACAGCAGAUAAGUUAGAGGUCCAAAAGAUAUACGAGCAACCAAACAACUUUGCACGUGAGGUAGCAAAGCUCGCAAGACUUGAAGACACAAUAUUAGAAAGAAACAUGACAUGGACCACUACUGGACCCCAAGCAAUUCCACCUGAUCAUCGAGAGGCCAAGUGGCAAGGAACCAAUAGUGUCCGACUUUUCAUCCGCAAUAAAAUCAAAGAUGCCCUCCUAAGUAGUUCCAUACAAGCAUAUGCAUCCAACUUUACCGCCACCAAUGAUCCGAUUCUUGAUUCUCUUGAGAACCACAUUGUGGUAAGUCAGGCAAUCCAUUUACCAUUACCCAACAUGAGCUUCUCCGCCAAUGAUCACCAAUUUCAGGAGAUUAUCAAGAAAGAGGUGAACAAGGUCCCAAAUUAUAACCUCCCUGAAGGAUUUCGAGAAGAAGAUCCAUCUGCCGACACCGCUGUGCGAAAGGUCAUUAAGGAAAUCGCCAAGUCGGAGCGCUGUAGAUUUCGAGAACAUGUGAGUCAUUUACAAAUCAAAUAA